GUGCUCAAUACAGUGAAGCGUGUUUCCCUAGGAGGUAAUACGAGCAGUUUCUCGUGCGACUGCGAAACACCCAGUCCACUUCAGCUGUGGCUUCGUGAGAAGAAGAAUCGGGACAAGGUGGAAGACAUAGAAAUGGUUACCUGCUUUUUACCCACAUUCGGAAAGGUUCCAAUCGUCUCAACGUUGCCAUCGAACGAUUCGAUCUGUCAAAAGGAAACAGUCGAAACCACACAAUGGAUCGAGUUCGUGACGAAUAUCGAAAGAAGGCGGAAUGGUACACAGUAUGAGGAAGAAACGAUUUAUUUUGACUCUACAUCGGCUGCAAAGCAGGGAACAAGCACAACUACGCAACCGUAG